AUGCGUUUCGCGAAGCGCCGUUUGGAGCUCUACCGCCAGAUGCAAAUGCUCCCCCAGGUUGCCAACAGCCUUUGUGAGAUCGCGGAGCUGAGCAUAGCUGUGGACGAGGUCAUUGAGGCUACAGAAGCUGGACAAGCAGCUGAAUCCAUCUUCAAGCGCUUGAAGGACUACAAAGGGGAAGCAAGGGUGCUUUUGGAGGUUGUCGCCAAGGUGGAGAUGUUGAAGGGCCGCCCCGAUGUGGCGCAGUUGGCUGCAAAGAAUGCAGCCUCUUUACUGCGAGCACAUUUUGACAGCGUGGGUGAGGCCAAAGCGUUGACUGUGCUGGCCGAACAACUGGUUUCUGCCAGCCACCAUGAAGAGGCUCUUGAGGUGCUCGGGGAGGCGGCGAUCCGGUUUCGCAAGGCUAAGGAGAACAAUGCUUUGGCCGAAAUGUUGAUUGCGGGUGUGUCGGUCCACUUGGAUGUGGGCAGUGUGUCGAAGGCCCAACAAGCAGCAGAUACGGCCUUGAACGUUUGCCGGCAGCUUGGGAAGGAUGGUGCCAGUCAGCUGGCAUCCGCCCUCCUCGCGGCUGCCAGGGCCAACUUGGCGGCCUCCGCCUCCCUCCUGGCGCUUCAGCAAGCCAAGGAGGCACAAGAGCUGUCAGCUGGUCUCCAAGAUGCUGCCGGUGAGCUUGGAGCGCGGCGGCUUCUGACGGAUGCGCAGAUUGCGAGCGGAAGGCUACAAGAUGCCAUGCAGGAAGCAUCACGCUUGGCAACAGAGAGCAGAGCAUGCGGGGACGUGGCUGGAGAGGCCACAGCUUUAUUCCAGUGCUUCCGUGCACUCUGCGAUUCCGGACGCCAAACUGAGGCCCUGGGGACCCUGCACCAGGCGCUGGGCCUGUACUGGGACAUAGCUGACUCGUCUGGGGCGAUGAAGUGCUUGUAUGCUCUGGCUCAAGUCCAUUUGGCUGCUGGGGAUGCCCCGGCAUCGUUGCAGGCUCUGUCCGAAGUCUUGAGCAUGGUCAAGCGCUACAGGCGGAAUCAGCGCAUGGAGGCUUCGGUCCUGCAGCUUGCAGCUAAAGCCAUGUUGGCUAUGCCAGAGAAGGCCAAGGCGCUGCAGGGUUUCUCGUUGGACUGCAUACAAGCAUCCUCGCAAGCCACGGAGGCCUUCAGGGAGGGCGGUGACAUGGCAGGGCUAGGCUCUGCCCUGCGAACGCUGGCAGCUGCACAUCUGUACAAGAAGUCUCCGUCACAGGGUGCUGCAGUUGCCCAAGAGUCCGUCUCGUUGUUUCAAGACCUUGGAGAUCGAACGGGUGAGGCUGAUGCCCUCCUACAGCUUGCCGUCGCUCACUUGGAGGCGGAACGCCCACAAGAGGCCGGCCACUCGGCGAGAGCCGCGCAAGACCUGUGCAGGAAGAUCUCCGACAAGCGGCGGGCUGCUUUAGCGCAGGAGUUGUUGCAGCUGGCUCAGUCCUUCGACCCUCAGUUCAGAAGCGGCCUCUGGGCACCUUCUGGAAAGGGGCUUACUGCCAAAAUCGCCAGCGGCAUUGGAGGCGAAGAAGUGCGCUUAUAUCGAUGGACAUCUCCGAUGCCCGAUAAUUCCAGCAACGCCCAGGAGGAACGGGAGCAAGCGAUGCGAGACCGCCGCUUCGGUGCCAAGUUGCCGUUCCAAAGAAAGCCAUUUCCUUGGAUUACCAGUCAGCAGCCACAGGCACCCGCUGACUCCAAGCCGCCAGAGCCCCCCGUACCCGAGGCCAAAGAAAGCGAGAAAGUGGCAAACUUCAACUGGAGUGACGCGAUCUUGCGACCUGCACCUUCAGGAGGUGUGCCAGAAGGGUACUGGCGAUGUGGUGAGUGCGGCGUGCUCUUCGAAGAUCCAUCCGAGGGUGCACGAGCCGACGCUGACGGGAAUUUCGAGUGGUUCUGUCGUUCCUGUUGGCGGGAUUGGGUGGAUGACCACCUCCGGCGAGCAAGGGCUGCAAAGGAUGCAGGCGUCGGCACCUCAAAGCGAGAUGGCAAAGGUAAAGGACGACAUGCACAAGAAGCCAACCCAGCACAUCAACCAAAGCAGCUGACAGAGAAGCCACCUGGCCAGCCCUUGCCAAGCCGGCAAGAGCUACAACAGCUGUCCCUCAUUGAGUUGUAUAAGCGUGCGAGAUCAAGUGGUGCAGACUUCAAGCUGCUGAGCAUUGCCAUGGACAGCGACAAUCCAAAGACUGGGCUGCUGGAGUUGCUGGCACCGACGUGA